UGAGGGGAACCGGGACGGGUCCGGCUGCGGAGCGAGAGGGACAGAGGAGCCACCCCCCCGGCCUCCGGCGGACCGGUGUCUGCAGCAGCCUCUUCUGUGCAGAGCUGAAGCUGAUGUUCAUGGACAGACGUAGCCUCCGACGUCAUCAGGUGUCCCGUUGGAAUAUACGUCGCACAUUUAUGGCGAUUCUGAGCGUGAGGGCAGACUUCUGCCAGGCCCAGCACAGCAUCCUGGCUGACAAGUGAGCUGAGAGCAGGGGGUUCCACGUGCCAUAAUUACUUUGCCUUGAAGACUCCAGACACAGCGAACACACUCAAAUAUAUGGGAUAUCUUCUGCCCAUUGGAAGCAUAUUCCUCUUACUGACUCUAGCAAAACUAAGCAUCAAGAAAACAAAGUGGAGAGAAAAUCUGCCCUUACUUUUUUGCCUCACCAGUGCCUAAAUGUAGAACAGGCUGCCUAGUCUUGCAUGUAGUCAGAAUUUGUGGAGUCUGAAGGAUACCAGCUGCAGUAAUUGAGGCCGAAGUUGAAUUCAAGUGGAUUCUGAAGCAAACCUGCUUUUCUAGAAGCGAAUUCUUUAAGGAACAAACACGUCAAAGCAAGCUCUGAUCAAUCCCAGGCAUUUUAGUGGUCUUUUUAAUGUGUUCUGCUGUGAAACGUUUCCAAGGUUAUUGAUUUUCUUUUUUUUUUUUAAAUUUUUUUUUGGCCCCAUACACAUUUUUUUUGCCAUUAUGAACCGUCCAGCCCCCGUGGAAAUUACUUACGAGAAUAUGCGUUUCCUGAUCACUCACAACCCAACCAAUGCAACCCUCAGCAAGUUCAUCGAGGAGCUGAAGAAGUACGGAGUGAGAACCUUGGUGCGAGUUUGCGAUGCCACUUAUGAUAAAGCUCCAAUCGAAAAAGAAGGAAUCCAGGUUCUAGACUGGCCAUUUGAUGAUGGAGCACCACCCCCGAAUCAGAUAGUUGAUGACUGGCUAAACCUGUUGAAAACCAAAUUCCGUGAAGAGCCUGGAUGCUGUGUCGCUGUUCACUGUGUUGCAGGGUUGGGAAGGGCUCCUGUACUGGUUGCACUUGCUCUCAUUGAAUGUGGAAUGAAGUAUGAAGAUGCAGUUCAGUUUAUAAGGCAGAAAAGGAGGGGAGCUUUCAAUUCCAAACAGCUGCUUUACCUUGAGAAAUACCGACCUAAGAUGCGAUUACGCUUCAAAGAUGCCAACGGUCACUGCUGUGUUCAAUAGAAAAAAAACAAAACCAAAAUAAAUCUCAAACGAAGGCAGAAGUUAGCAUGGCUGUUUUCUGGACUCUUGGCACCUGGAAAUGUGAAUCUGGAAUGAAACUACGUCAUCAAAUUAGUGGUGGAGUCAGUGCUUCUCAACCUCUGUCCUAAUGGUGGUGAUGAUUGAAAAAAAAGCAAAAUAAAAAUAAAAAUAAUUUUAAGAGAAACAUUUCAGUGAAGGAUUGUUUUCUCCUUAAGCUGCAGUUUGAACAUCUGCAAGGAGAAAAUGAGUUUCUGAACCUUCUGUAUUUUUAACUUUUUAAGAAAAGAAAUAAAGUAAAUUUUAUGUCUAAGGAAAACCAGCAGAGCAUUGGCUUGUGCAGAAACUAUUUUCUUGAUUUGAGGAAAGCACCCCACAGUUAGAGCCUGAUACAGUAAUUCCUGUGGGACUCUUGUAAAUGGAGUUGCCUUUUUUUUUUCUUUUUUUAAAAAAUCCUUGCUGGGAGCUGGCAGACAGAGGUGCGGAGGAGCCUUUGUUGCUGUAUGGGAGCAGCCUGACGGCCUUAAGCCCACCCCGGGCAUAUUCUAGAGAUUCAGUGAUGUCUGUGGUGUUUGUCUCCCUGGUGUUCAUGCUCUGCAGGUGUGAAAAAACUUCCUGGUGGGCUUUAUGGAAAGACUCACUGCCUAAAAUCCUUGGUGAAUCUGCUAAAGGCCUUUUCUGAUUGAUGGGAGGUAGUGCUUUUAAGUGUGUGUGUGUGUAUAUGCACGUGUGGGUUAUUCUAUGUGUGAGUGUGUCACAAUCUUAUUUUUCCAAAGAAUUUGGCUGAAAUGGUCAUUGUCUCUCUGUUGUCAGAUAGAAAAAUCUAUCUCAACAGAAGACUGAUGUUCAAAAGUGUCCUAGGUGAGAAAAGGGCAAUGCAGACGAGGACCUAGAAUUAAUUUUAUCUGUCAUAAGGAAGAAGAAAACGCUUUUUGCUGCUCUCCAGGCUCUCUGCCUUGCUGAAGGCAGUAAAUCAGGAUUUGGGAGGAAGGUCUCAUUUGUCUCAUCCGUGAGGUCAGGAUGGUCACGCACAGAAACGCGGUCCAUGAAUAAAAGCCCCGUCUGGGUGUUUUCCCAGCCUGACCCUCGUGUACAGUCCAGUUUAACCACCGAUUGCCUUGGUAUUUUUUAUUGGGCUCUUUUGGAGGGUGAAUCUCUAGUUACACACCAACACGCCUAUCAUCUCUUCACCAUCAGCAGACCAUAAAUACACUGAUUUUUUGGAGUGUGGACUGGCAACAUGUUCUCUUUGCGGGGCCACUGGUGUUGUCAGCGAAUUAAUCAAGACAACUCAUUUUCCAGCCUCUAAUAAGCAGUUUCAGCCAGGUUACUUCUACCAAACACAUCUUAACUUAGUGCCCUGCCCUGGUAGUGACCUCAUGCUUUCAACUUGACGUUAUGUCUGUAAUAUUCAGCUGCUGAAGGCUUUGAAUACCGGUUUAGGGUCAUUUUCCCCUGUGAUCUUUGGCCGUGGAGCACCGAAGGCUGGUGUUGGUCCGUGCCUGGGGCGGGUGUAGGCCGGUCCCUCAGCUGCUGCCGAUGCGACCUGCCUUUGCAGGAUUUCUUCCUCUUCUGGAUUUCUGGUUUCAGUCUGCAGCUUAAACCACGCAAACCUUUUCAGAACCGAAGUAAUGGACUUUUAGAAUUUUAUUCCUGGAAGGGAUUUGUAAAUUUAAGCAAAAAAAAAA